CGUGACGCGAUAAUCGUCGUUUGUGGACGCGAGUGUGGUGUUCUGUGCUGCUCGCGUUGUAUUUAUUUCGUCGAUUUUUUUUCCAUUCGUCCGAACCGCAUAACAGCCGGGCUCGUCGAUUCGCCAACGGGCUGGCAAUCAUGUCUCACACCAUCCUGCUAGUCCAGCCCGGGAAGCCGGAGACCCGCACCUACUCGGACUACGAGUCGGUGAACGAGUGCAUGGAGGGAGUGUGCCACAUAUACGAGGAGCACCUGAAGCGGCAGAACCCUAACACGCCCUCCAUCACCUACGACAUCAGCCAGCUGUUUGACUUUGUGGACCAGCUGGUGGACCUCAGUUGUCUCGUAUACCAGAAGUCAACCAACACAUAUGCACCAUACAACAAAGCUUGGAUCAAAGAGAAGAUCUACAUUUUGUUGCGGCGACAGGCAUCAAAGAGCCAAUCUUGAGCGGCAGUACGAGCCUCCUAUGCCCUCUCAUCCGGCCUGCAGUGAAGCCAGCUGUCAGUUGGGUCUCUUAAGGAAAAAAAACAUGGCUGUUACUGUUGCCCAGAUUAUUAUGAAUAUGAUGAUUCUGAGUCUCGUCACCCCACCCCCCAGCCCACCCCAUCUCUUCAAUAACUAUUUUAAGCUUACAAAAUGUAAGGUGUGAGCAAGCACCUCUUCAUCGUUCUUUUUUUUCUCUCUCUCUCAUUUGCCACAGUCAGCCGUUUGCAUUCAUCCUCUGGAAGUGUUGUCGCAUUUCGUCACGGCAGACGCCGUUGCCACCCGUUUCCAAGUCAUCUUGGCUAGGAAGGAAGACACUAUUUAUCUGUGUGUUUCACCCCUAAUGUGCACGUGUCGUGCAAGUUUCAACUUGUAAAAUAAAUGUAAAAAGGUGUGUGAUAAUGUGUC